AACAGUGGCAGAGAAUGGAGAAAUGGAUGCUAAGGCUCAUGGGCAAGAAGAUUUCAAUGAUCAGAACAAUCUUGAUGCUGGUGCUCGUUUUGUUCUCAAAUCCAAAGGAACAUGGCUCCAUUGUGGAUACCAUUUGACAACUUCAAUUGUGGCGCCACCUCUUCUCAGUCUGCCUUAUGCAUUCAGAUUUCUUGGAUGGGGCGGCGGGAUUUCAUGUCUGAUAAUUGGAGCUCUCGCCACUUUCUAUUCAUACAAUUUGCUAUCUCUUGUUCUUGAACACCAUGCACAGUUGGGUCUUCGCCAACUUCGUUUCAGAGACAUGGCUAAUCACAUUUUAGGACCAAGAAUGGGCAGGUAUUUUGUCGGUCCAAUUCAGUUCCUGGUAUGUUAUGGUAGUGUUAUUGCUUCCACACUUCUUGGAGGGCAAUGCAUGAAGGCAAUUUACUUGCUGUCAAAUCCAAAUGGGGCCAUGAAGCUUUAUGAGUUUGUGAUCAUCUUUGGCGGGUUAAUGUUGAUAUUAGCUCAAGUCCCUUCUUUUCACUCUCUAAGGCAUAUUAACUUGAUAGCCUUGAUUCUAUGCCUUGCUUAUAGUGCCUGUGCCACUGCUGCUUCCAACCAUAUUGGAAAUUUAUCCAACGAACCAAAGGUUUAUUCUCUGAAUGGAGACCUACAGGACCGGGUAUUUGGAGUCUUUAAUGCCAUUGCUAUCAUUGCUACAACUUAUGGCAAUGGAAUCAUACCAGAAAUUCAGGCAACUAUAGCAGCACCUGUAAAGGGAAAGAUGUUCAAGGGACUGUGUGUGUGUUAUACGGUAGUUGCAGUAACAUUUUUUGCUGUUGCCAUUUCUGGCUACUGGGCGUUUGGUAACCGAGCUGAAGGACUAAUCCUUAGCAACUUUGUUAGUAAUGGAAAGGCAUUGGUGCCUAAAUGGUUUGUUUUGAUGACCAAUAUUUUCACUAUUCUCCAACUAUCAGCAGUUGCUGUGGUUUACUUGCAACCAACAAAUGAAGUGCUUGAACAAACAUUUGCAGACCCUAAAAGUGAGGAGUUUUCUGCUCGUAACGUUGUCCCAAGAAUUAUUUCAAGGUCACUGUCAGUCGUCAUAUCAACUACAAUAGCAGCAAUGCUUCCGUUCUUCGGAGACGUCAAUUCAUUAAUUGGAGCCUUUGGUUUCAUGCCUCUGGACUUUAUCUUGCCUGUGGUAUUUUACAACCUCACGUUUAAGCCGUCGAAAAGGAGCCUGGUUUUCUGGUUGAAUAUAACCAUUGCAACUGUUUUCUCAGCAUUGGGUGUAAUAUCAGCAAUUGCAGCCGUCAGACAAAUAAGUCUUGACGCGAACACUUAUCGGCUAUUCGCUAAUGUCUGAUGCCAUUUAGCAGCGCCAGUUGAGCUUUUUCCUUGGAAACCAGAACGGAUUUAGUAAUUAGUGAUACUUGUUCUAAAGGAAAUAUGAUCCAUAGUCUUAGGUUCUUGUCUUACUUAUAUACUAAGGGUUCUUUUGUACCAUAUUACAUUUCAUAACUAUUUUGUCCUAAUGUAUGAAAAUUGAGGGAAGCUCUACACAAAAAAUUACAUUUCACAAUUACUUUCUCUUUUCUGAUUUUAUUGUUCUUGUUCUAUUUCUUGCUUGAUUAUCAAAAUCUACGUAGAAACUAAAAUCGCACGUUGCAAAUAAGUAACUAAAAUAAAUGGCAUAAAUAUGUGAUGAGCCAAUUAAUAAAAUUCAAAUUCUUUCGUUAUCGUUUUUAUAUUUUUUAUUUUUUAUUUUUUAAUUGGUUUUCUAAGAUAUUAAAUAAAACGUAUGUUAUUGAUUUUCCUUUUCAAAUUCUUUUCAACACGGUUUAAUAACCAAAAGAUUUAGUGUUUUAAAAAUUACAAAUUGGGGUUUCAAAAAAUUUAUUUUUAUUUCUUAACCGCGGCAAUUCCGCUCUACAAUUUAUAUCUCUAUAUAAUUGCAAAAGUGUUCCAUCCUUUUAUAUUUUUGUGGUAAAAUUUCUAUCUUGUGCUAAAAAUUUUGCCUAACUUUGAUGUAUGUUUUAUACAUAUACCAAAUCUAUAAAUGAUAGACACAUAUUCCUUAAUUUUAAAUGAUGGAAUAUGUAUCAAUCAUCUAAUACCAAAAUGUAA